AUGACGUCGACACUUACUCGUAACUGGGGGUGGGUUGUGACUUUUGCGUCGUUUCUCGUGCAUUUCUCUGCCUUCGGAAUCAUGAAUUGCUUCAGUAUAACUUUCGUUACCCUCCAAGAAGAAUUUUCGACUAGUUCAACCGCUACCUCAUGGGCAGGUUCUAUUGCAUUCGGCUUGGGCAACAGUGCAGGCUUAAUCGUCACUCCACUGAUAAACCGGUUCGAGAAUCGACCGGUCGCUGUCUUUGGGAUCCUUCUAGCCAGCACAUCCUUCUUCUCUACCUCAUUUAUCACCGAUUUCAGGCUCAUCUACCUCACAUACAGCGCCAUCUACGGUCUGGGUGCUGGGUUUUGUUCUCUGGCUUCAAUGGACCUCUUGCUUCGGUAUUUCCCAAGGAAGCACUGCUCACGAGCUACUCUUAUCGCGUUGGUUGGGGGAAGCACAGGUAUGCUUGUUUUGGGUCCUCUGACAUACACGUUGAUCGAGAAAUUCGGCUGGCGGAACAUGUUCCGUUUCCUUGGAGCUUUGAUGCUACUCAUUGCACUUCCAGCUACGAUGACGUUUUCACGUCCCAACCCACAUAAAAAUGAAUGCACAGCAGACAAACGAGACGUUACUCAAGAGAAAAAGUUCUCAGAAUGCCGCGGACCCGAGAAGAGAAUAACCUUUGACAAUGCCAACAACCUAAGUCCACGCAUGGUCACUUGGAACCCGGGAGAUGUGAAGGCACGGUUGAAUAACAAGGAAAGAAUUCUUAAGCAAGGCAGAUCUAUCGCAUGUGUGACAGCCUAUGACAAUGAAGGGUUUUCCAUGGAAGGGAUAAAUCGGCGUGAACAAAACAAUGGCAAUGGACAUCAGUCAGAAAUUCACAUGAACAUGGAGAAAGGCUCAGCUGAUAUGGUUCUGGCGGAUGAACUGAUGGACAGCAAAGAUAAGGGCCAAGUGCUAAGAAACGAGCUAGGAUUUUCUACUGACCUUUCAGAAGAGGGCAAAGUUGGUCUGAAACAUCUUGGACCACUUCCUUCAACAGCUCCUGAUUUAGUGACGAACGUAGAGAGAGGACAACCUAACCAACAAUCAACACCACAAGUGAAUGAUCUUCAGAAUGUAACAGCCGUCCAACCGAUAGUGUUGUCAAUUCAUACGGUAGCCGAAGAUGAUGUCGCGCCAUUUACAACCAUCAGCAUUUCAACGAACAUUCAAUGUCAUACCAUUUCUGUCUCUGCCAUUCAGUGUGUCAGCGAAAGAAAAGAAGACACACCUCUGCAAGUGGUGCAGUCGAAGAACUUGGAAGCAGCAAGUGGCCGAGGGUUUUUCCAAAGAUACAAAGCACUAUUCUAUCCCGAUCUCUGGCUCAUCUGCAUCUGUAUCACAGGUCUUCCAAUGAUGAAUACAUUCUAUUAUAUUAAUAUGGGAGAUUUCCUCAUAUCGAGAGGUUUUGAACGUCAUGUGAUCCCAUGGGUGGUCACAACGUUUGGGAUCUCCGAAUUGGCGGGUAAAGUUUUGUUGGCUGUUGUAGCUGAUCGUCUGCCCUUCCCCAAGAUCUUCAUCUAUAACUUCGCAUGCGCGGUUGGCAUGGUUGUCAUGGGCUGUCUGCUGGUAGUAAGAUCAGUCGCACUUCUAAUCUGCCUCGCAGUUGCGAUCGGAAUGGUAGUCAUGAUGGUAGCCGAUGCGCUAGCUUACUCAAUCUGCAACCAGAUUUUCAAACCAGAAGAUGCGGUUCAAACGUGGACGGUUGUCAUGGUUACGCAAGGACUUGGAUACAUGCUGGGUUCCUUGUUUGGUCAGAGCACAGAUCGGACUGGUUCAUACAACUCUGCUAUUUAUUCGAGCAUCGGGAUAUACGCCAUCUGCGCUUUGGUUUGCACAGCGGUUCCACUUUAUCAGAAGUUCUUCGCGCCAGAAAGAUUUGUGAUGUUUGAAAACCAAGAUGCAUGUAGAAGAAAACAGGCAAGGAAGAAACGGUACAAACCAGAUGACCUUGUUAGUAUACCUGUUUAGUCGACACAUGCAACUCGAGAAACUCUUUGGUUUUGUCUUGAAAAAGAGAGAGAGAGGGA